AUGCGGCGGCCUGGCCCCAGCAGCCGCCGCCCCCUUCUGCUGGUGCUGCUGCUGCCGCUCUUCGCAGCCACCGCCUUCGCCGCCAGCCCCAGCCCCAGCCCCAGCGAGGCCGUCGAGGUUGCGGGGACCCCGGGCCGCCCGGCCGGUCUUGCUGCUUGUCGGUGCUGCCCAGGCCGAUCGCCCAGGAGAAGUCGCUGCCUCAGAGCCUCCUGCAGGGUCCAGAGCUGCCCGCCGGAAAAGUGCGCAGGCCCUCAGCGGUGCCUGACCCCAGUGCCCCGGGUGCUGCCGAGCCCCAUUCCCAGCGUGAGGAAGAGACAGGUGUCCCUCAACUGGCAGCCACUGACGCUGCAGGAGGCCCGAGCUCUGCUGAGACGAAGGCGGCCCCGCGGGCCGGGGGGCCGGGCACUGCUGAGAAGGAGGCCCCCACAGCGCGCCCCUGCCGGCCAGACCCGGGUCCUGUGUCCCUUGAUCUGUCACAACGGCGGUGUGUGCGUGAAGCCUGACCGCUGCCUCUGUCCCCCGGACUUCGCUGGCAAGUUCUGCCAGCUGCAUUCCUCGGGCGCCCGGCCACCGGCCCCGGCCAUGCCGGGCCUCACCCGCUCGGUGUACACCAUGCCACUGGCCAACCACCGCGACGAUGAGCAUGGCGUGGCGUCCAUGGUGAGCGUGCACGUGGAGCACCCGCAGGAGGCGUCCGUGGUGGUGCACCAGGUGGAGCGUGUGUCCGGCUCUUGGGAAGAGGCGGACGCCGAGGCAGUGGCGCGGGCGGAGGCGGCGGCGCGGGCGGAGGCGGCGGCUCCCUACACCGUGCUGGCACAGAGCGCGCCGCGCGAGGACAGCUAUUCCGAUGCCUCCGGCUUCGGUUACUGCUUUCGGGAGCUCCGCGGAGGCGAAUGUGCGUCCCCGCUGCCCGGGCUCCGGACUCAGGAGGUGUGCUGCAGAGGGGCAGGCUUGGCCUGGGGCGUUCACGACUGUCAGUCAUGCUCGGAGCACCUGGGGAUUUCCGACCGAGUAGGCACCCCAGAUGGACCGUGUCCAACCGGCUUUGAAAGGGUUAAUGGGUCCUGCCAAGAUGUGGAUGAGUGCGCGACCGGUGGGCGCUGCCAGCACGGGGAGUGUGCGAACACGCACGGCGGGUACACGUGCGUGUGCCCCGACGGCUUCCUGCACGACUCGUCCCGCAGCAGCUGCAUCUCCCAGCACGUGAUCUCAGAGGCCAAAGGGCCCUGCUUCCGCGUGCUCCGCGACGGUGGCUGCUCCCUGCCCAUUCUGCGCAACAUCACCAAGCAGAUCUGCUGCUGUAGCCGCGUGGGCAAAGCCUGGGGUCGAGGCUGCCAGCUCUGCCCACCCUUCGGCUCAGAGGGUUUUCGGGAGAUCUGCCCUGCUGGCCCUGGCUACCACUACUCGGCCUCUGACCUCCGCUACAACACCAGACCCCUGGGCCAGGAGCCACCCCGAGUGUCCCUGAGCCACCGGGCUCCACCCUCCACUCCUAGGCCACCCACAGGCUUUCUGCCCACCCACCGUCCAGAACCCCCACCUGGGGCCAGGCUGGGCCCUGAGCUUCCCCUGCCCAGCAUCCCUGCCUGGUCUGGUCCUGAGAUCCCUGAAUCAGGUCCCUCUGCGGGCGUGUGUCAGCGCAAUCCCCAGGUCUGCGGCCCGGGACGGUGCAUCCCGCGGCCCAGUGGCUACACCUGCGCCUGCGACUCCGGUUUCCGGCUCAGCCCGCAGGGCACACACUGCAUCGAUGUGGACGAGUGUCGCCGCAUGCCCCCGCCCUGUGCCCCCGGGCGCUGUGAAAACACGCCAGGCAGCUUCCAUUGCGUGUGCGGCCAGGGCUACCGAGCGGGUCCGCGGGCGGCGGAGUGCCUGGACGUGGACGAGUGCCACCGCGUGCCGCCGCCGUGUGACCGCGGGCGCUGCGAGAACACACCAGGCAGCUUCCUGUGCGUGUGCCCCGCUGGGUACCAGGCUGCUCCCCACGGAGCCGGCUGCCAGGAUGUGGACGAGUGCACGCAGAGCCCGGGCCUUUGUGGCAGAGGGGUCUGUGAGAACCUGCCCGGCUCUUUCCGCUGUGUUUGCCCGGCUGGCUUCCGGGGCUCAGCGUGUGAAGAAGAUGUGGAUGAGUGUGCCCAAGAGCCACCGCCCUGCGGGCCAGGCCGCUGUGACAACACGGCGGGCUCUUUCCACUGUGCCUGCCCUGCUGGCUUCCGCUCCCGAGGGCCAGGGGCCCCGUGCCAAGAUGUGGAUGAGUGUGCCCGUAGCCCUCCGCCCUGCACCUAUGGCCGGUGUGAGAACACAGAAGGUGGCUUCCAGUGCGUCUGUCCCACGGGCUUCCAACCUAACACGGCCGGCUCCGAGUGCGAGGAUGUGGAUGAGUGUGAGAAUCACCUGGCCUGUCCUGGGCAGGAGUGUGUGAACUCACCCGGCUCCUUCCAGUGCAGGGCCUGUCCUCCUGGCCACCAGCUGCACCAUGGCCGAUGCACUGAUGUGGACGAGUGCAGUUCGGGUGCCUCCUGCGGCCCCCACGGCCACUGCACCAACACCAACGGCUCCUUCCGCUGCAGCUGCGAGCCGGGCUACCGUGCUCCCUCGGGUCGGCCUGGGCCCUGCGCAGACGUGAACGAGUGCCUAGAGGGCGACUUCUGUUUCCCCCACGGCGAGUGCCUCAACACCGACGGCUCCUUUGCCUGCACUUGCGCCCCCGGCUACCGGCCCGGACCCCGCGGAGCCUCUUGCCUUGACGUGGACGAGUGCAGCGAGGAGGACCUCUGCCAGAGCGGCAUCUGUACCAACACCGACGGCUCCUUCGAGUGCGUCUGUCCUCCCGGACAUCGCGCCGGCCCAGACCUCGCCUCCUGCCUCGAUGUGGACGAAUGUCGUGAGCGGGGCCCGGCCCUGUGCGGGUCCCAGCGUUGUGAGAAUUCUCCGGGCUCCUACCGCUGUGUCCGAGACUGCGACCCUGGCUACCACGCGGGCCCCGAGGGCACCUGUGACGAUGUGGAUGAGUGCCAAGAAUAUGGCUCAGCGAUUUGUGGAGCCCAGCGCUGUGAGAACACCCCUGGCUCCUACCGCUGCACACCAGCCUGUGACCCUGGCUAUCAGCCCACGCCAGGGGGCGGAUGCCAGGAUGUGGACGAGUGCCGGAAUCGGUCCUUCUGCGGGGCCCACGCCGUGUGCCAGAACCUGCCCGGCUCCUUCCAGUGCCUCUGUGACCAGGGAUACGAGGGGGCCAGGGACGGGCGUCACUGCGUGGAUGUGAAUGAGUGUGAAACGCUACAGGGUGUGUGUGGAGCUGCCCUAUGUGAGAAUGUUGAAGGCUCCUUCCUCUGUGUCUGUCCCACCAGCCCUGAGGAGUUUGACCCCAUGACUGGACGUUGUGUUCCCCCACGAACUUCUGCUGGCACAUUCCCGGGCUCACAGCCCCAGGCACCUGCCAGCCCAGGUCUGCCGGCCCGGCCACCUCCGCCAUCCCCACCCCGCCGGCCCAGCCCGCCCAGGCAGGGCCCUGCGGGCAGCGGGCGCCGGGAGUGCUACUUUGACACGGCGGCUCCGGAUGCCUGUGACAACAUCCUGGCACGGAAUGUGACGUGGCAAGAGUGCUGCUGUACCGUGGGUGAGGGCUGGGGCAGCGGCUGCCGCAUCCAGCAGUGCCCCAGCACCGAGACAGCUGAGUACCAGUCACUGUGCCCCCAUGGCCGGGGCUACCUGGCACCGAGCGGAGACCUGAGCCUCCGGAGGGACGUGGAUGAGUGCCAGCUCUUCCGAGACCAGGUGUGCAAGAGCGGCGUGUGCGUGAACACGGCCCCAGGCUACUCAUGUUACUGCAGCAACGGCUACUACUACCAUGCCCAGCGACUGGAGUGCAUCGAUAAUGACGAGUGCGCGGACGAGGAGCCGGCGUGUGAGGGCGGCAGCUGCGUCAACACCGUGGGUUCUUAUCACUGCACGUGCGAGCCCCCGCUGGUGCUGGACGGCUCCCGGCGCCGCUGCGUCUCCAACGAGAGCCAGAGCCUCGAUGACAAUCUGGGAGUGUGCUGGCAGGAAGUGGGAGCUGACCUCGUGUGUAGUCGCCCUCGGCUGGACCGCCAGGCCACCUACACAGAGUGCUGCUGCCUCUAUGGCGAAGCCUGGGGCAUGGACUGUGCCCUCUGCCCCGCCCAGGACUCAGAUGACUUUGAGGCCCUGUGCAAUGUGCUGCGCCCCCCUGCAUACGGUCCCCCGCGGCCAGGUGGCUUUGGACUCCCUUACGAAUAUGGCCCUGACCUAGGGCCACCCUACCAGGGCCUUCCCUAUGGGCCGGAAUUGUACCCGCCCCCCGUGCUACCCUACGACCCCUACCCACCACCCCCUGGGCCCUUCGCCCGCCGGGAGGCCCCAUACGGAGCGCCACCCUUCGACAUGCCCGACUUUGAGGACGACGGCGGCCCCUACAGUGAAUCUGAGGCUGCGGCGCCACCUGGCCCAGCCAGCCGCUGGCGCUAUCGGUCCCGCGACACCCGUGGCUCCUUCCCAGAGCCUGAGGAGUCCCCUGAAGGUGGAGGCCAUCCUGGGGCCCUGUCUGGGCCCUACGAGGGACUGGAGGCGGAGGAAUGCGGGAUCCUGGACGGCUGCGCCCACGGCCGCUGUGUGCGCGUCCCCGAGGGCUUCACCUGCGACUGCUUCAGUGGCUACCGCUUGGACAUGACCCGCAUGGCCUGCGUCGACAUCAAUGAGUGUGACGAGGCCGAGGCGGCCUCCCCGCUCUGCGUCAACGCACGCUGCAUCAACACCGAUGGCUCCUUCCGCUGUAUCUGCCGCCCAGGAUUCGCACCCUCGCACCAGCCGCACCACUGCACGCCCGCCAGGCCGCGGGCCUGAGCCUCCGCGGCCCAGGGCCUUGGCUUCGCGCCUGCGCACGCGGGGCCCUGCCGCGCACCCUCCCGCCCGCUUGCGCGCAUGAGCAGGAGGUGCCUGACGGGCGGCGGCCAGAGGGGCGGGGACGCACGAAGCGCUAACCGAUGGAAGGAGGGAUGCCCUUCACUGCUCCUGCCACCCUCAGCCCCUCCUACCGACGCUGCGGAACCCCGGGACUAGCCCACGGGCCCCUUCACGUUCCCUCUCCUUUUUAUAAAAAUUUUCGAUUAAAAAACACCUAUUUUGUACCUUC